AUGGUGCUUCGCAAAUUGCUCUUGCUGCCACUCCUGGCAGCCUGUGCUGCCGCCGUUGACAUCUCCGUUGCAUCCUCGGGGGGCAAUUACACCACGAACCUGCAAUAUGGCAUCAUGGAGGAGGAAAUCAACCAUUGCGGCGAAGGUGGUCUGUACGCCGAGCUGAUCCGCAACCGCGCGUUCCAAGGAGGCUCGGUGUACCCGUCCACCUUGGAUGGAUGGGUACCCGUCAAGGGGUCCACCCUGGCUUUGCAGAACCUCAGCCACCCGCUGUCCUCGGCCUUGCCGACAUCUGUUCGCGUCACCGGACACUCCAAGAGAACGGGUCUCACCAACCUCGGCUGGUGGGGUAUCGAUGUGCAGAAGCAGAAGUAUACCGGGUCCUUCUACGUCAAGGGCUCUUACAACGGAGCAUUCACCGCGACGCUGGAGUCCCAGGCGACGGGCGAGGUGUUUGCAAGCACCAAGAUUCGCUCAAAGAGUACCCGUGGCGGAUGGACACAACAUGAGUUCACUCUCUUCCCACACAAGAAUGCUCCAGACACGAAGAACACCUUUACCCUCACGUUUGAUGCAUCGAAAACCGCCGACGGGUCUCUGGACUUCAAUCUCAUCAGCCUGUUCCCUCCGACCUGGAACAACCGUCCCAACGGCCUCCGCAGGGACCUGAUGCAGGCAAUGAAAGACUUUAACCCGAAAUUCCUCCGAUUCCCCGGUGGCAACAACCUUGAAGGCAACUUCAUCGACGGCCGCUGGAAAUGGAACGAGACCAUCGGUCCCCUCAAGGACCGUCCCGGGCGUGCGACCACCUGGAGCUACCAAGAAACCGGUGGCAUGGGUCUCGUCGAGUACAUGGAGUGGUGUGAUGACUUGGAGCUCGAGCCUAUUCUUGCAGUCUGGGGAGGCAUGGCCUUGAACGGCGACCUCAUCCCCGAAGACGAGCUGCAUGUGUUCGUGCAAGAUGCCCUGAACGAACUCGAGUUCCUCAUGGGCUCGGUAGACACGGAGUACGGUGCUCUGCGGGCGUCGAUCGGCCACCCGGAGCCAUGGACCAUCCGAUAUGUCGAAAUCGGCAACGAGGAUAACCUGAACAACGGAUUGGCCUCGUACAAAGCCUACCGAUUCCAGAUGUUCUACGACGCCAUCAAGGCCAAGUACCCCGACAUGACCGUCAUCGCCUCCACCAUCGACAUGACCCUCCCCGGCGACGCGGGCGGCGACUACCAUCUGUACGAUAUUCCGGAUUACUUUGUUUCACGGUUCAACUUCUUCGACCAGAUGAGCCCGGACCAUCCCAUCCUGCUGGGCGAGAUCGCGGCCACGGAAUUCAACAACGGAAAGGGCAUCGACUGGAGCGAUACCAACUUCUCGCUGUACCCCUGGUGGAUCGGAACAGUCGCCGAAGGCGUGUUCCUUAUCGGAGCGGAACGCAACGCAGACAAGAUAAUCGGAACAACCUACUGCCAGGCCCCCUUCAUGAUGAACCUAGAUAGCUACCAGUGGUCGCCGACCUUCCUCGCGUUCAACGCGGACCCGUCUCAAACCGCCCGCUCGACCAGCUGGCACCUGUACAAUCUCUUCUCCCACUCCCACAUGACCAACACGCUCCCCACGUCCUCUGAGACCCCCUUCGGACCUCUGUACUACGUGGCCGGCCUGAACAACGAGACGCAGUCGCACAUCUUCAAGGCCGCCGUGUACAACAGUACCAGCGACGUGCCUGUUUCUUUGACCUUUGACGGGGUCAAGGCCGGAUCGACCGCCGAGUUGACCGUGCUGACUGCGCCGGAUGCGUUUGCUAUGAAUGAAGUUGGUGGGAAGAAUCUUGUCAAGCAGACGGUUUCGAAGCUCAAGGCUGGUGCUGGGGGAGCAUUCAGAUUUAGUCUGCCGAACUUGAGUGUUGCCGUUCUGCAGACUAAGUAG